AUAUGGGCAUCUUGAUGGACAGGUCAGGGGAAUGUGAAAAGCGGUCAGUAGGAGGAGGGGGGAGGGGGAGGGUGAAGGUGGGGUGAAGAAAAGAGCAACGCUGUUUCCUGAGAUGCUGGGCCAGGAAGGAGGCUCCAGGUAGGUGCGCAAGGUGUGAGGCCGCUCUGGGCCGUCUGCUGCCACCUGGGGUAUCAGAUUUGACCUCGAUUGGCCGGGGAGGUGGGCUUUUUCUGACCCACGCCCUCCCCCCAGCCUGGUAUAAGCUUCUAGGCAGUAUUUAUUCACCACCUUUUUAUUCAGCACGUUAGACCCGCUGGCUGCCCAGGGGAUGGGGUAGGACACACAGGCAAGUGCAAAUAUCUCGCCCACGUGUGGGCAGCCAGCCUCCGAGGUGCUGACGGACAGCCUGCGCGCUCCAGAGCCCCGCUCCCAGCCCGUCUCCAAGUUCACGAACUCGCACCCCAGUUCACGCACUCCGCCGUCAGGCGGCCCUGUCCCCAUCCCGAAGGCAGGGUGGGCCCCCGGGAGUCCGGGAAACCGGCGCGGCCAGCCAGGCUGGGCAAGCUCCGCAGCCGACACCGGAACCCAAAGUGCGAGGGCUCGGCCGCAGAGGGACGCGUGUUCGCGCAGCGCCGCCACCACGUGACCCACUGGCCGCUUCCGGCACCAGAGAAGGAUGUGGCUCGCGUGCAGGACGCUCCGGACCUGGGCCCUGCCCUUGGCGAGGCCCCCCGGGGCCUGGGCCUGCGGUGGGUGCAGGGGCGUCUCCUACACUCAGGGCCAGAGCCCCGAGCCUCGCACCCGAGAGUACUUUUAUUACGUGGAUCAUCAGGGCCAGCUUUUCCUGGAUGAUUCCAAAAUGAAGAACUUCAUCACCUGCUUCAAAGGGGCAGGGUUCGGGAGGCGCACCCCACCCAGGCCGACUGUACUGAAGCUGGUGAAGAGGCUGAAGAAGCUUCGUGGUCCACAACUGGACCCGCAGGAGAUGGCCCCGGGGCCGCCAGCACUGCUGCUGCUGUCGCUGCUCUCACUGCCCAGUCUCUCGCCCUGCGCCGCUGGCUGCCCGGCGGCCUGCCGCUGCUACAGCGCCACGGUGGAGUGCGGGGCCCUGCGGCUGCGCGUUGUCCCGCCUGGAAUCCCGCCAGGGACGCAGACAUUAUUCCUGCAGGACAACAGCAUCGCGCACCUGGAGCCAGGCAUCCUGGCGCCCCUUGCCGCCCUGCGCCGUCUCUACCUGCACAACAACAGCCUGCGCGCCCUGGAGCCAGGCGCCUUUGGUUCGCAGUCGCGCCUGCUGGAGCUGGCACUCACAGGCAACCGGCUGCGAGGCUUGCGUGUGGGCGUCUUCUCUGGCCUGGCCCAGCUGCGCAUACUCUAUCUAGCUGGUAACCAGCUGGUGCAGCUGCUGGAUUUCACUUUCCUGCACCUGCCGCGACUACAGGAGCUGCACCUGCAGGAAAACAGCAUUGAGCUGCUGGAAGACCAGGCCUUGGCUGGGCUCUCAUCCCUGGCACUGCUGGACCUCAGCAGGAACCAGCUGGGCACCAUCAGCCGUGAGGCCCUGCAGCCCCUGGCCAGCCUGCAGGUCCUGCGCCUCACAGAGAACCCAUGGCGCUGUGACUGUGCCCUGCAUUGGCUGGGGGCCUGGAUCAAGGAGGGAGGCCAGAGGUUGCUCAGUUCCAGAGACAAGAAGAUCAUGUGUGCAGAGCCCCCACGCCUGGCACUUCAGAAUCUCCUGGAUGUGUCUGGCAGUAGCCUCAUCUGCAUCCCGCCUUCUGUGCAUGUUGAGCCGCUGGAGGUGACAGCCAACCUGGGCCCCACUGAUUGGCUGUCCCGGCCAGGCGGCAGCCGCGACGCCCCGCCUCCGACCGCGCUGAGCGCCCCCAUUGGCUGGCGGCCGGAGUCGCCCUCGCGGCGGGAGAUUCACUGGGCGCGGGGCACCAAGCCCGUCGGGCAGGCGCGCGCCAUGGAGCGGCUGCGGGACGUGCGGAUGCAGCUGCAGGCGUGGGAACGUGCGUUCCGGAGGCGUCAUGAGCGGCGGCCGGGCCAGGAGGACGUGGAGAAGGCGCCCGAGGAGACCCGCGCACUCUAUCGGGAGUACCGCGCCCUGAAGGGGACCCUGGGCCAGGCCGGCGGCGUUGGGCCCCACGGCCCGGUGCAAUCGCUUCCAGCGGCAGCGAAGGAGGUGCUGGAGCCUAGCUGUUGGGGGUCCCACCUGAAUCGGGCUGCAACCCUGACGCCCCACCCUACUCCAGGGCCGAGUCCUCGUGGGUCUGUGCAGGACUACGGGGAGAGGCUUAAGGCCAAUGUAAAGGGCACCAUGCAGGCAGGGCUAGCCCUGAGCCACAUACCUCGGCUUCCACGAAGACCCUCCACCAAGAGGCCUUCCCUGCAGCUACCAGGGACUGCCACCAUCUCUCCAGAAGAAGUCAGUGAGGUGCUUCCCCAGCCUCCCAGGCCCCAGCUGAGGCCAGGCCGGCUCCAGCAGCUGCGGGCCUCCCUCAGCCUGCGGCUGGGCUCCCUAGAUCCUGGCUGGCUGCAGCGAUGUGACAGUGAGACCCCAGAUUUUCUGGAGAAUCCUGAGGUCUGCCAGCCCAUCGUGGGUACAGAGGAGCCACAGUCUCUGACUUCAGGUGUCCCAUCUGUCCUUGGUCCCAGCACUGGCCUCGAGGCACCUUCACAGGGCUCAGAGGCUCCGGACUCGGUGCAGGGAGCCGCAGUCAGUGCAUGGAGCCCCCCACCUGGCAGCAGUCAAGGCAAGAAGCGGAGCCGGAGUAGGGAGCCAGAGGGGAGCCCUGCACAGGCCCAAGAGGACAGCGGCCAAGUGCGACCCCUGCCUGAGGGCGCUGGGGAUGCAGCGCUUGUGGAGGACUGCCCAGGGGGGCCCGUGCAGGUUCAGCGCCCACGCAGCCCUGCAGCCCCCAGGUACCACAGCCUCAGCCCCAGCGAGGUGGCCUUGAGUUGGGCCAGGGUGGGGAGGGCUUUGGGCACGUCCCACCUGUGCAUUCUUUCUAGGCCAGCUGCUUGGAACAGAGGUAAUUACAUUCGGCUCAACCUAAAGCAGAAACGCUAUGUGCGGGGCCCGGCCCUGCGUGGCAGAUUCCUCCGCAAGCAGGUGUGGAAGCAGAAGUGGCAGAAAAAACAGGAACGUUUUAGGGGCAGUCAGCUCAGAACCACAGCCAAGGGUUCUUGUUUCCGGUGUGGGCAACUCGGCCACUGGGCAUCCCAGUGCCUCCAGUCAGAACCUACCCUGGCCCUUCAGAAGGAUGGUGGCAAGGAUGACAAGGACAGGCAAAACCUGCCUGCAUUGGAGGAAGUAUCCCAGAGGAUGGACAUUGCCAGCUGCCAGCUGCCAGCUGCAGGUGAGGAAAAGACAGAACCUGCUGGGCCUGAGUUGCUGGUGCCUGUGGAGCCGCCUGUGCCACCAUGCCCGCCCCCAGCUGUGCCACCACUCUACCUGCCAGGGUCCUCAGGUCAGGUGGCAGAGACACCAGCUGAGGUGUUGCAGGCCCUGGAGCAGCUGGGGCACCGAGCCUUCCGCCCUGGACAGGAGUGCGCGGUCAUGCGCAUCCUGUCUGGCAUGUCCACGCUGCUGGUGCUGCCCACGGGUGCUGGCAAGUCCCUGUGUUACCAGCUUCCUGCGCUACUGUACGCCCGGCGAAGCCCCUGCCUCACACUGGUCAUCUCUCCUCUCCUCUCGCUCAUGGACGACCAGGUGUCGGGCCUGCCCCCCGGGCUGAAGGUGGUCUGUGUGCACUCAGGCCUGACCAAGAAGCAGAGGGACUCGGCCCUGAAGAAGGCUCACGCAGCCCAGGUGCACGUGCUGAUGCUGUCGCCCGAGGCACUGGUUGGGACUGGGGCAGGAGGCCCUGCCUGCCUUGCUCAACUGCCCCCAGUGGCCUUUGUCUGCAUCGAUGAAGCCCACUGCCUUUCCCAGUGGUCCCACAACUUCCGACCCUGCUACCUGCGUGUCUGCAAGGUGCUGCGGGAACAGCUGGGCGUGCGCUGCUUUCUGGGUCUCACGGCCACGGCCACUCAUAGCACUGCCCUGGAAGUGGCCCAGCACCUGGGCAUAGCCACAGAGGCUGUCCUCAGGGGACCAGUCACCAUCCCCACCAACCUGCACCUCUCUGUGUCCAUGGACAGGGACCCAGACCAGGCUUUGGUGACACUGCUGCAGAGUGACCGUUUUCGCAUCCUGAACUCUGUUAUCAUCUAUUGCAACAGACGACAGGACACUGAGCGUGUCUCUGCUCUGCUCCGCACCUGCCUGCAAGGCAGAGCCCAGGAGGCUUCGGUGGAAGCCUACCACGCGGGCAUGUGCAGCCAGGAGCGGCGGCGGGUGCAGAGGGCAUUCAUGGAGGGCCAGCUGAGGGUGGUGGUGGCCACAGUGGCCUUCGGGAUGGGGCUCGAUCGGCCAGAUGUGCGGGCUGUGCUGCACCUGGGGCUGCCCCCAAGCUUUGAGAGCUACGUGCAGGCCGUGGGUCGUGCCGGACGUGACGGGCAGCCUGCACAUUGCCACCUGUUCCUGCAGCCCCAGGGUGAAGACCUGCAGGAGCUGCGCAGGCAUGUGCAUGCCCACGCCACCGACUUCCUGGCUGUGAAGAAGCUGGUGCAGCGUGUGUUCCCACCUUGUGCCUGCUCCCCCCGGAUCUUGGAGCAGGCGGGAGGCGGGACUCCAGAGAGGGUCUCAGCCAAGUCCCCGUGGGAGGCCCAGCAACCCAGCCAAGACCACACAGCCCGGUGCCCAGGCCACGAGCGGGUGCUCCCAGUGCAGCCGAUAGUGCAGGCGCUGGACAUGACUGAGGAGGCCAUUGAGACCCUGCUGUGCUACCUGGAGCUGCACCCACAGCACUGGCUGGAGCUGCUGCCAUCCACCUACGCCCACUGCCACUUGCGCUGCCCUGGGGGCCCCACCCAGCUUCAGGCCCUGGCCCGCAGGUGUCCCCCGCUGGCUGUGUGCUUGGCCCGGCAGCUGCCUGAGAACAUAGGUCGGGGAAGAGGCGAAGUGGAGUUGGAUAUGGCUGAGCUGGUGGACUCUCUGGGCUGGGAGCUGGCCCCUGUGAGGCGGGCCCUCCAGCAGCUACAGUGGGACCCGGAGCCCAGGACAGCCCAGGACAAGGACCAGAUCUGCGACUUCCUGUACAGCCGCGUGCAGGCCCAAGAGUGCGAGGGCCUGGCCCGCCUGCACCGUGUCUCCCAGGCAUUCCACAGUGUUGCCUUCCCCAGCUGCGGGCCAUGCCUGGAGCAGCCGGACGAGGAGCGCAGUGCCAGCCUCAAGGCCCUGCUUGGCCACUACUUCCAUGAGGAGGGGCCAGGGGACAUGCACAACGAGCAGGGCCCAGAGCCGGGACAGGCCAUGUUCCAGGACUGGGAGCCCCAGAUUCGCAAGGACAUCCGUCACUUCCUGUCCUCAUGGCCAGAGCAGCAGUUCUCAGGCAGGGCUGUGGCCCGCAUCUUCCAUGGCAUCGGAAGCCCCUGCUACCCGGCCCAGGUGUAUGGGCGGGACCGGCGCUUCUGGAGAAGAUACCUGCACCUCAGCUUCCAUGCCCUGAUGCGCCUGGCCACUGAGGAGGUCCUGCUGUGGGGCCACUGACUGCCCCCCCCCCACGUCACAGGCAUGAGCAGGGCUGUGUCACAGUAUGGACGGCAUCAGGUGCAGCCGCUCAUCGAGGCAAAAACAAGGGGACACUGGUGGCCAGGACAGUGAACCACCCUGGGCAAAGCCCACUGCCAGGAAGGUGGGGACAUGGAGGCCCCAAAAUGCGGAAUAAAAGAUGCUCAGUUUG